CUGGGCCUUUUUUCCUGUGGAUCCUCCGGAUUCGUCAUCCGAUCGAAGCAGCAGAAGAAUGGUAAUGGAUGGCAUUGUGGAGUCAUUGAACAAGGCAUAUCAGGAAUUUAUAACAGCAGCAGCCAUUGUACUAGAGACAAGAGAGAUUCACGGUGACCAAAAAACAGCAGCUGUGAGUUCUGCUAUUGAAAAUUUCCAUCAACAUUUGUUAUUAUUCAAAUCUACUUGUGAUGAAGCAGAAGGAUUUGUUGAUUAUUUGAAGCAUAGUUUAGGGUGCGAAAAAUUUCCGUCUUAUUCUCCAGAACAUGUAUCAAUUGAUAGUGACAAUAUUCAGUGUAAUCCCAUUCCUAUGGAGGCUGAUGAUGAGAAAACGAAGACAUCAUACUAGUACAUCAAAGCCUUAGAAAUUAAUUCCAGACAAAUCUUUAUAAAAUGCCAUCGGACUAAAGGCAUAUAUAAUGAUCCAUUUUUAGGGUCAUUAUAUUCUUGUUGGAGUAAACAGAUUUAGUUAAUUGAACAAUUUGCAUCACUAGUUUGUUUUUGAAGUUUGGAAGUCAUAAUGUCAAAUGAUGUAUUUGAACAUGUGACUUAGAUUGAUAGUUUUUUAC